AUGUAUGAGGAAGCAGCAAUUGCACGUAGAGAAUCUACAUGUACAAUUCCGAUAUUGCAAGUUACAUCUGUAGGUGAACGGCGAGAAUCAGUCUCGACACAAAAUUCAUUGUUAAUUCCAAUGGAUCAAAUUCCACAAAGGGCUUUGUCAACAACUGAAAUUGAUCUUGAAUCAGUACUUCAGGUACGUCGUCGACGUUUAUCAGUAACAACACCUCAAGCAUCUCAAGAUGCACAUCGUUAUACAGAUGUUAUUAUUUUAAAAGUUGAAAAAUCGAAUGAUAUUCUUAAAGAGGAUGCUCGUUGUAUUUUUCAUGGUGAUUAUCAUGUUGUAACGGAUAUCUUUCAAAAAUAUACAUCGCAUAUUAAAAUUCAUCAUCAAGAUCCUGAAAAGGUUAAAAAUCAUGAUCGUUUAUCGGGAAAAAUUUAUACAACACUUGAAUUACCAACAAUGUCAUUAAUUGAAGUUUUAGAAAUUUUACAUAAACAUUAUUUUUCAAUUGUGGCUAAUUCAACAAAUUUUGGAGCAACAACAAAAUUACAAGAAUUUAUUUUAUUACGCAAUAAAGAUUCACAUGAAUCGGCUCGACCAUUACCAUUAAUCGAUACAAAAGCUCAUUAA